UGCCAGGAGCUCUAUUUUAGGUGGAUUGCAUGGAAAUAAACAUGUCCCGCCUUUCAAGUUUAAUCCAGUUUUAUUUUACUUUGGGUUUGAGACAUUGGGAGAUACUGCUGUCUUUAAGCAAUGUAAAUGGUAUUGUUAUUAGUGCGUCAACUUUGCGCAGACACCUCAAGACUUUGCGCCUGUUCAGACGAAAAGAACAUUCUGAUCUGCUUGACGUUGCUGUGUUUCUACAGGAUCAGUUGAACCGAUAUGGUAUGCUUCACGGAUAUAAGAUGAUGCAUCUGAAAUGCAUUCAGGCUGGCUAUGUGGUGACACAAGAGACAAUCAGGCAAUUGUUGAAAAUACUGGAUCCCCAUGGAGUGCAACUGAGGCGCCGGAAUCGUCUUCGGCGACGUUUGUAUCAUAAUCCAGGCCCGAACUUUUUAUGGCAUGUUGAUUCAUAUGAUAAACUCAAACCAUAUGGGAUCUGCAUCAAUGGUGCAAUCGACGGGUUUUCACGAAUGGUGAUAUGGCUACAUGCAUACUCUACAAGUAGUGAUCCCAAGGUCAUCGCUGGAUACUUUAUUGAUGCGGCGUUAUCAAGGAAUGGGACAGCCACCCGAAUUCGCUCAGACUUAGGGACAGAGAACUGUUACAUGGAACAGAUGCAGAUGUUCAUGAGACAUGAUCAUACGGACGACUUUUCGAGAAAUUGCUAUUUGUAUGGCUCAAGCAAUCAUAACCAACGGAUAGAGCAGUGGUGGGGAUUUUUGAGGAAACAGCAUGCACAGUUCUGGAUCAACCUAUUUCAAGAUCUAAAAGAUUCUGACGACUUCUCCGGUGACUUCAUAGACAAAAGUCUAAUACAGUUCACAUGUCUUGAAAUAAUAGAGAGAGAACUGCAGGAUGUUGUUCACCUCUGAAACACGC